CUGCUCUGCUCUGCUUCGGGAGGGAGGGCAGUCGGAGUCCCGCUCUACAACUCCAUCUUCUCUCUCUCUCUCUUCGGGUCUGGAACUGGAUCUUUCCUUCACUAUCACUUUCUCUCUCUAAAACCAGACAUUUGAGAAGAUCCUGAAACACUUUCAAGAGCAGAGUCUGAAAGCCUCUGUCACCCGACUACGUAAAGCCCUCAACUCCCGCGCUCACCCACACGCGCGCCAUUGCACGUGCUCCCGCUCUCUCAUCCUUGGACCUUGCUGCCGUUUCUCUCUCUCUUUGGGAAACCCAAGAAGAAUCGAAACGGUAGGACAGGAAGAAACGGGGAGGCCACCGAGGGUGCUGGCAGUUGCAUGAGAGUUGCAGAGAAGCGCUAGGGGUGGUAGAGAAAGACCUGACGACAAUGGCAUCCGAUGCGGUCCUGGCCCCCGCUUCCCUCUACGUCGGGGACCUUCACCCCGACGUCACCGAUAAGGACCUGUUCAAUCUCUUCUCUCUCAUCACCGGCCCCGUCUCCGUCCGCGUCUGCGUCGAUUCCUUGACCGGACACUCCCUCGGCUAUGGAUACGUCAACUACGUUAACCAUGCAGACGCGUUACGGGCAAUGGACACGUUGAACAACACGCAGUUGAAAGGGAAAUCAAUUCGGAUUAUGUGGACUGAGAAGGAUCCCACUGCAAGAAAGAGCGGGGUUGCCAACUUGUUUGUGAAGAAUCUGCACAAGUCGAUUGAUAAUGUCACGCUGCCUACAAUUUUUGAGAAAUAUGGAAACAUAUUAUCCUCCAAGGUAGCAACCGACCAACUUGGCAAGAGUAAAGGAUAUGGAUUCGUACAGUUUGAUACGGAGGAUUCUGCAAAUAAUGCCAUUGAGAAUCUUAACAACACCGUUAUCAGAGGAAAGCAGUUGUUUGUUGGCCCAUUCAUUAAGAAGACUGAAAGAAAUAUUGUGAGUCCAGAUGCUAAAUAUACAAACCUGUACAUUAAAAAUUUGGACGCUCAAGUGACUGAGGAGGUGUUGAAGGAGAAGUUCUCUGAGUUUGGUAAAAUUACAAAUGUUAUUAUCAUGAGAGACAAUGAUGGAAUCUCCAAAGGAUUUGGGUUUGUAAAUUUUGAUGAUCAUGAAGAUGCCAAGCGUGCUUUGGAAGGCAUGAAUGGCAAAUUUGUGGGAACCCAAGCUUUAUAUGUAGCAAGGGCUCAGAAGAAAGCAGAGCGUGAAGAAAUCCUACAUCGUCAAUAUGAGGAAAUGCGCAACGAAAAAGUUCUCAAAUACCAGGGUUCAAAUGUGUAUGUUAAGAACAUUGACGAUGCAGUUGAUGAUGGUGAACUACAAGAAUAUUUCAGCAAAUUUGGUACUAUAACAUCUGCAAAAUUGAUGAGAGAUGACAAAGGGAUCAGCAAAGGGUUUGGGUUUGUAUGCUUUUCCUCUCCUGAUGAAGCCAACAAAGCAGUUGCCACCUGUCAUGGCAACAUGUAUCAUGGGAAGCCCUUGUAUGUUGCUAUUGCACAAAAGAAAGAAAUCAGGCAGGCACAACUACAGCUGCAGUAUGCCCAACUAAUGGGAGGAAUAGCUGCAUCUGUGAGACCUGUCUUUCCUGCUGGAUAUUCUCCAUUGAACUACUAUGCACCUCCUCCUCCUGGUGCUGUUCCACCAGUUCCCCCACGACAGGCACUUGUUUAUCAGCCUUUAGGUAUGAGACCAGGAUGGAGGCCUGAUGCCUUUCCACCACGGCCACCUCUUACUCGACCUGCAUUCCGACCUAUCCCUAUGUCAUUGGGACAGGUUCCAAAUAAUCAGAGGAACUAUAGACAAAACCGGGGACGUGCAAAUGGGCAUUGGAUUCCACAAACCAGUCAGCCACCAACUAAAGACAUUGCAAAUCAGCAACAGCAAAGGAAACAUGUACAGAAUGGUCCAGUGCAUGAUGUAAAUGUCAGCCCUACAGACCACACAGUGGCUCCAAAUGCUGUAGAAACGACUGACUCUGAAAUGGGGGUGUUGACAAGCUUGCUUGCUGCUGUUUCUCCACAGGAGCAGAAACAGAUUCUUGGCAAUCGCCUCUUUCCCCUUAUUGAAAAGCUCCAGUUUGGACUUGCUGGCAAGAUAACUGGGAUGCUUUUGGAGAUGGACAAUGCUGAGUUGCUUUUAUUCCUUGAGUCACCCGAGGCAUUAGCAGCUAAAGUGGAUGAGGCAGUACAAGUGCUGAAUCUGUCCAAGGCCAAAGUAGAAAGUCAAGAUGUUUUACAUUCUAAAUUUUUGUCUGCUGAGGUUGCCGUUAAUUGAUAUUAUAAUAGUAAGUAUCUAUUAUAUAUGGGAAAAACUAGCAAAAUAUCUUUUGCUUGCAAGAUUUUGUAGUUACAAAUACCAAUUCUUUUAAGAAAGUACUGCAAUACUUUUGUGUGUGUUUUUUUUUUGUAUCUAUGAUUGGAGAUGACGUAAUUACUUGAUUGAAGUUAUGU